AUGGCAAACGACAGAGAAGUUCUACGUGAAAUAUGGGACGGCAAAUUACCGAUUUGUUUUCAGUUGGAUCAAGAUGAAAUAAUGGAAAUACAGCAACCUGAUCCUUUUUAUGUGAUGGUUCCCAGGCUUAGUUAUUUUCCCUUGGUAACUGAUAAGAUGAAAAGACACUUUCUUCGUUAUAUUUCUCAAGAAAAUGCUGAUAAUGAAAUGUGGCUUGAUUACAAUGGUCAGCCAAUGAAAUGGCAUUAUCCCAUUGGAUUUUUAUUUGAUCUGUAUUGUGGCAACGACCCUCAGUUACCAUGGAUGUUAACUGUACAUUUUACAAAAUUUCCAGAAAAUAUCCUUCUACGGUGCCCAAAUAAGGAUGUUGUGGAAGCACACUUCAUGUCAACAAUAAAAGAAGCUGAUGUACUCAAACAUAGAGGACAAGUUAUGUCUACAAUGCAGAAAAAGGAUCACAAUCAAUUGUGGUUAGGGUUGCAAAAUGAUAAAUUUGAUCAAUUUUGGGCAAUAAACAGAAGGUUAAUGGAGUCUCAUGGUGACAAUGAAGGCUUUAAACAUAUUCCAGUAAGGCUUUACUCUGAUGAUGGCACAUGUAAUCAGCACCUCGUUUGCCCUAAAAAUAGUGAUGGGAGUAGAAAAAUUUUGCAACAGCUCAUUUCGGAAAUAUUUCCAGACAAAUUAGAAGUUAAGUUGAAGACUCAUGGUGUUAUGAUUCCAUCUGACACACCAUUGCAAUGGCUCUCAGAACAUAUGAGUUAUCCUGAUAAUUUUCUUCAUUUGUGUGUUUGU